UACUCUACACGGCUGGGGAGCACUUCACUUUGCGGAGAAUCGUUGAUCGGCAAGGUGGUUUCAAAGUCGUGUUUCUUCCAAAUUCUGGUGUAAAUUUCCAUUUAGUAUCUUUCCCAUUGCACGGAAGAUCUUGCACAGAUACAAUGGCUGAUCAAAAAGCAAAAAAGGCGAAACUAGGAUCCAGCCUGGACCAACUGAAGGCACUUACAACGAUCGUGGCUGACACCGGCGACUUUGAAGCCAUGAAAGUUUACAAACCUACCGAUGCAACCACUAACCCAUCUCUAAUUCUCGCUGCAUCUCAAAUGGAACAGUACAAACAUUUAAUCGAGAAAGCAGUCAAGCACGGAGCCAAGCUUGGAGAAACCGAACAAGAAAAGAUCGAGGAAGCAAUGGACAUGCUAUGCGUCUUGUUUGGCUGUGAAAUUCUCAAAAUCAUUCCCGGUCGAGUUUCAACCGAAGUUGAUGCUCGUUUGUCAUUUGAUCGUGAUGCCAGCGUAAAGAAAGCUCUAAAACUCAUCAACCUUUACGAGGAAAUGGGCAUCAACAAGAAUCGCAUCCUCAUCAAGUUGGCAUCAACUUGGGAAGGUAUUCAAGCGGCUAAAAUUCUCGAAAAAGAACAUGGCGUACACUGCAAUCUGACACUGCUCUUCUCAUUCUGCCAGGCAGUGGCUUGUGCAGAAGCUGAAGUCACCCUGAUCUCACCAUUUGUCGGCCGCAUUCUCGACUGGUACGUUGCAAACACAGACACCAAAUCGUACGAACCGACAAAAGAUCCUGGUGUUAUUUCCGUCACAAAGAUUUACAAUUACUAUAAGAAAUUCGACUAUAAAACAGUCGUGAUGGGAGCUUCUUUCCGAAAUAUUGGAGAAGUGAAAGCCUUGGCUGGAUGUGAUUUACUGACAAUCAGCCCGAAGUUGUUAGAUGAACUAGAGAAGAGUACUGAACCUGUGGCGAAGGCGCUUGAUGCCGAAGCGGCAAAGGCAGCAAAACUCGAAAAGAUCAGUUUGAAUGAGGCCAAAUUCCGUUGGUUGCUGAAUGAAGACCAAAUGGCUACGGAUAAGUUGUCGGAAGGUAUCCGGAAAUUUGCUGUAGAUGCUCGGAAAUUGGAGAAUUUAAUUAAGGAGAAAGUUGUAUCGUUAAAGUAAGAUGAAAAGUGGGAAGACUAUUUGAUGAAAUAUUUUUGUGAGAGGAUGAUAUACGAGGUUUGAUUUAUUUUUGACGAUCAUUAUUUUUUAUUAGAUUAUAAAUCUAUCUAUCAUUGUGCAGUGCAUUUAUCACAGUUUUGGCUUUAAGGAAAUAAACGUUUUUAUACAGGGUAAA